CUUUUGCACAGCUUGCCUACCUUGUUAUUCCUGUGCCAGUUCCAGCAUGCAUGUCUGCCUAUCUGUUGAUUUGUGGCUUUGUGUCUGAAUGCACAUCACACUUUGAUCUCUCAUCUAGCAGCUCAUCGAGAGGACACAGCCAGCCUUCAUUCUGGAGGGAAAGGCCCCACUCGAGCCCACCAGGGGGGAUGGCGGAGGCAGAGAGACCCUCAGCCCUGCUUCUGCUGCACUGCUGACUCAGGUAGAAACUCCUGCACGGUGGCAGAGUGAGAGCCUGCUGGCAGAGUCCUGGUCCACAAUGGGCGAUGUAGACCCAGAGGACACCAAGAGCCUCGACAGCAGUGAUGGGGCACUUCUGACAGGGGAGGAGAACCACUCCUCCAACUCUGACAUGGUCCACCUGGAGCAGGACGAGGCUGAGAUGCUUGAGGAGGCAGAGAAGAAAGGGAAGCGAGCGGAGGAAGAGGAGGAAGAAGAUGAGGAAAUGCAAACAAGUAUGUUAAGCGUGUUGGGUGGGGAGAGGGAGCUGGUGGCACUCAGGGAAGAGGAGCAGGACCUCCAGGCCCCAGAAACUCAGGAGCUCCUGGUGUCAGCAGAGGAGCCUUAUGUGGAGCGUGAGCCAGGAGAGUUCAGGCACGUGGUUCCCCCGAUGGCCCUGCCUCCUCUGCCUAUUGUUAAGCUCGACCCCCCCUCCACAACAUCCACCCCAGUCCCUUCAACCACGACAUCUGAAGUAGAGGAGCUGUAUUCCAUUCAGGGCCUCCACCCUCCUUCUAUUCUAGCACCGAUGGCACCGGAGCCUCCAGCAGCAAGUGUCGAGCAACAACAGUUUUCACAGAUCCCCCUCACAGACGUGGAUAAACAUUCAGUUAAGGAGCCUGCAGAGAAGCUGCAGCCACGGCCAACUGCUCCCAAGACCAAACCUCUGAGCUCCACCGAGCUGCUUUAUGGAGGCGCUGCAUUAGUAGCAAUUGUGGGAGUGGUGGCAUAUAGUGCAGUGGUGUACUGUAGAAAGUAGAAAACCUCUCUCUGAAUCCCCCAAACCACCUUUCAGCACAUUUUUUCUCUUGUUUUUAAAUCUAUUCCAAACUAAAUAUUCCACCACAUCACUAUCCAAGCAAUGGAUUUUACUCUCUAACGCUGUUUGCUAAUUAGACACACUGAUUUGAUGUUUUUUAAUUCGUUUUGUGCUACCUCAGCUCACAGCAGAGCUUGUGGCCUUUGUUUUUCUGUUUGAUCUCCGAGGAAAUGUAUCCAAUAAAAUGUAACCUGAAAUACACAAAUCACUUUAAGUGCAAUUUUAAACUUCCCCAUACUUGAA